AUGCCGGAGUCCAACACCUCCACCGAGUUCGAGGGCUCUCUGAGCAAUGAGCCUAAGCGCAUCGAAGAAGGUGUAGCGGGCAUCGAAAGCGAGAAGAGUGUGGACAGUCCUGCGCCAGCUGCUCCGCCAGCUGCGCCGGCUGGUCCUCAGCCUCUGCCUGCGGUCCAGUUAUGGACAAUUGUUGCUGCUGUUUCGUUGGCUGGUUUCAUCUACAGUAUGGACGUUGCUAUUAUUACGACCGCUAUCCCCGCUAUUACCACUCAGUUCAAAACCAUCAAAGAUAUUGGUUGGUACGGAAGUGCGUACCUUAUCACAUUGUGUUCUUGCGCACCCAUCAUGGGCAAGAUUUUGCAAAACUACUAUUCCAAAAACGUCUUCUUCGUAUUCGUCGUUGUCUUUGAGGUCGGCUCUCUGAUCUGUGCAUUGGCUCCUACGUCAACUGCAUUCAUCAUUGGCCGAGCCAUUGCUGGCAUUGGUGGUGCCGGUCUGUUCAACGGUGGUCUUGCCAUUGUCGCAGCCUCUUCAACGAAAGAGCAACGUCCUGGUCUCGUUGCUCUCGUGUACGCAUUUUCCCUUCUCGGAUCAGUCAUCGGUCCCAUCAUCGGAGGUGUUUUCACAGAGAAGGUUACCUGGAGAUGGUGCUUCUACAUCAACCUCCCCCUUGGCGCUGUAACCCUCGGCGCCAUCAUGCUCAUCCGCGUCCCCGACAUCCGCGACAAGACCAAGCUCGCCAAAACAUUCUUGGAAGCCAUGAACCGUCUUGACCCCAUCGGAUUCGGCCUGUUCGCUCCCACUUGCAUCAUGCUCUUGAUGGCUCUCCAGUGGGGUGGUACCACAUACGCUUGGGGCUCAUCCACCAUCAUCGGCCUCUUCGUCGGAUUCGGCGUAACGCUCAUCGUCUUUUGCUUCUGGGAACGCCGACGUGGAGAUUCCGCAAUGAUCCCGGGAUCAAUCAUGAAGCAGCCCGUGGUUUGGUCGUCCUGUGUAAUUAACAUGACGCAGUUUGCGUCCCUUUGGAUCUUUUCGUACUACUUGCCUGUCUGGUUCCAGACUGUCAAGGGCGAUUCUCCGAUUGCUAGCGGUGCCUACUAUAUGGCCACUGCUGCGCCGAUUAUCGUCAUUACCAUGACCACUGGUUUUAUUGCCAAGAAACCCAACACCUCUCUCUACAUGUUCGUCGGAAACUCCAUCGCAGCCGUCGGUGCCGGUCUCAUGACCCGCUUCGUCCCCUCUUCCUCGGUCGGCGUCUGGGUUGGCUACCAGGUCCUCUCUGGUUUCGGCCGUGGUAUCACGCAACAACAACCCAUUCUCGCCGUUCAGCAGGGUCUCGAACCCACCAAGAUCCCCAUCGGUGUCGCCAUGGUCCUCUUCGGACAAUUCUUUGGCGGUGGUGUAUUCCUUGCCCUUGCAGACACAGAUCUGUCCAGUACUCUGAUCUCUUACAUUCCGGAAUAUGCCCCUGGCGCCAAUGUCACUGCGAUCAUUGAUGCGGGUGCCUCUAGUGUACGGAAUGUUGUUACUGCUGAGCAGUUGCCGGGAGUUAUUCUAGCCUAUAACAAGGCUAUUGACAACGUGUUUUAUUUGGGAACCGCUACAUCCGCAUUCGCUGCGGUGAUUGCUCUAUACAUGACAUUUGCGGGAUUCAGGGCUGCGAAGCGUACUAAGAAGGCCGACAGUGUUUAA